AUGGUAUCCCGAUUCCUGGAGCAGCAGCAACCUGUUAGCAGUGUUUUAGCUGACGACCGGAGCUCAUGGGCUCUGAUGCCAAAGGAACACCACGUCACCAUUUUGGAGAAUCUUAGGCAGCUCCUCUCCCCCCUUAACGAUUUCACAGAUGCCCUUGCCCCGGAGAAAAGGGUCACCAUGUCAGCUGUGAAACCAAUAAUGGAGCACGUCAUUGGCGAGAUCCUUCUCAUUGAUGGUGCAAAUUCAGCUGACACCAAGGCAAUGAAGCAGGCAAUUAGAGGCAACUUGGUGGCAAGGUACUCAGAGAAGGCAAAACAAAUGAUGGAAAUGUGCUGUUUCUUAGAUCCCAGAUUUAAGGAAAGCUUCUGUGCCAACAUUGACGAAACAAAGAAGGCCUGCAUUGGAGAAGCCAUGAAGCUUCUUCCUCCAACAGCCGCACCUCCAGGGACAGAAGAAACAUCUGUUCUGCUGCCUCCUACACCAUCUUCAGCACAAUCAGAAGGAGCUACAAACGGUGAGGGAAGAGGCAGCAAGAAAACCUUGUCUGGGAUCCUGAAGCACAUAAAGCCAAUUAGAGCUAGACAGGAUGACAACAUCGAUGAGAGGGGACCCAUGACACCUGAGCAGACGCUGAGGAAUGAAAUAACCCUGUACUUGUCCAUGCCAUCCAUAGACGAAGCUGCUGAUCCCUUGCAGUGGUGGAACUACAACCAACGGCAGCUUCCACUCCUAGCUAAUGUGGUGAAAAGGUUCUUCUGUAUCCCUGCAACAAGCGUGCCAUCUGAGAGGGCCUUCAGCACAAGCCGGGAGGAUGCGGGGUCCAUGCAGGUCCCAGUGUUCCGGGCGGCCGCCUCCAUGAUCAGUACGCUGAAUAGGGACGUGGAAGGUCGAAGGGUCCCCACCAGCAGCAUUGAACAGGUGCUGCACAGGCGGGAACCGGGGGCACUGGGUAGCCUGCCGGGAAGAAGAUGGGGCGCGAAAGCACUCGCCCUGCAUAUCAUCAUAUAG